AUGGAAUCAAGCCUUCAGUCGCGAUCCCGGUUGGUGCUCCUGUUGGGCCUGUUGCUGGUCGUCACCUCGCCCGCAAGUGCCGAAGUCGAUCUGGGCCAGGCACGGCGACUCGAACUGGCCGGCAACUACGCCGAAGCUCGCGACAUCUAUGCUUCGGCCUCCGAUGAGUUCCCCUUGGUCUCCGUCCUCGGCCAAGCCCGCUGUCUCGAGGCCGUCGGCGAGAUUGAGCCCGCCGAGAAACUCCUCGCCGGCAAGCUAGAGGAAUUGGGCGAACAGCCCGAAGCCGCCCCCGUGGCCGCGCUGCUGGCAAAGUUGCAGUUCGACCAGGGCCGCUACGACGACGCCCAGCGAAGUGUCGACGUGGCCCUCGAGCGAGACGGCGACAACCUGCUGGCCCAUUGGAUCAAGGCCGAGCUGGCCCGCGCGACCGGCCAUCUCGAUGAUGCCAACGACGAAUACCGCUGGUUAGUCGACUAUUACAACGCUCACGAAGUCCGCGAUCCCGACGAUCUGCGUUGGAUUGCCCUGGGGGCCGCGCAGUUUGCCCGUUGGAACCGUCAAAGCGAUCAGUUCACGUUUCUGGUUAGCGAACUAUUCCCCGACGCUCUCGCUCGCGAAGAUGGCUACUGGCCCGCCCAUUACGAAAGCGGGCUGCUGUUCCUCGAAAAAUACAAUCAGGCCGAAACGCAGAAGUCGCUCGACGCGGCCGUAAAGCUCAACCCCAACGCCGCUGACAUCCACGCAGCUCGGGCCGCACUCCAUCUUCAGAACUACGACCUUCAGCCGGCCGAAACCUCCAUCGAACGGGCGCUGGAGUGCAACCCCCGCCACAUCGAAGCCCAUCGGCUCAAGGCCGACCUGAUGAUGGCCAACUUCGAGGUCGACGAGGCGGCCGCACAACUCGAAGCCACGCGCAAGCUCAACCCCGCCUCCGAAGAAACCCUCGGGCGACUCGCCGCAGCCUACCUGGUGCUCGACGGUUAUCAGCAAGAUCUCACCGGCACUCGCACAGGGCAGCUCAUUGAAGAAGUGACCACCCGAAACCUAAACGCGGGCCGUUUCUUCCAUGUGCUGGCCACACAGCUUGAAGCACGUCGCAAAUUCGACGCUGCCGAACAUUUCUUCAAAGAUGCCCUCCAUCGUCUACCCCAGCUCAUCGGCCCCCGCAGUGGCUUGGCCCUGAUGUACAUGCGCAUCGGACGCGAGGCCGAAGCCCAGCAGUUGUUCGCCGAGGCGUUCGAGGUCGACCCCUUCAACGUCCGUGUGAGCAACAUGCUCAAAGUGCUAGAAGUGCUGGACGAGUACGCCACGCUCGAAACCGAUCACUUCGUCAUUCGUUACGACCCGCAGAAAGACAAGAUCCUCGCCCGGUAUAUGGCUCAGUAUUUGGAAGAGGUUUACCCCACGCUGUGCAGACAGUUGGGCUACGAACCGGCCGAGAAGUCGCUGUUCGAAAUCUUCAACGCCGCCCGCAACACCAACGGGCACGGAUGGUUUAGCGCCCGCAUGAUUGGCCUGCCCUACGUCGGCACCGUGGGUGCUUGCGCGGGCACCAUGGUCGCGCUCACUUCGCCCAACGACGCUAAGCAGACGUUCAACUGGGCCCAGGUCGUCAAACACGAAUUCGUGCAUGUCAUCAACCUGCAGCAAACCCAGUUCAACAUUCCGCAUUGGUUCACCGAGGCCCUGGCCGUUUGGAACGAAGGCUACCCACGCUCGGCCGAAUGGAAUGCCAUGCUCGCCGAACGUGUGCCCCGUGGCGAUGUGUUCACCCUGGAGAACUUGAACCUGGGCUUCAUCCGCCCCAAGUCGGGGCUCGACUGGCAAAUGGCCUACUGCCAGGCCGAACUCUACGCCGAAUACAUGCUCGAGACCUACGGUGAAGACGCCUUCGCCCGGCUGCUGGACGCCUACACCACGUGCAUCUCCAACGAAGACGCCAUUCGUCAGGCCUUCGACGUUCCGCUGGAGGAAUUCGAACGGGGAUACACAAAGUAUCUGAACGGCGUUGUCGAAACGCUCACCUCCGAGUCGCCUUCCGCUCAGCUCUCCGAAGCCGAACUCCGCGAGUUGCUCAAGUCCGAUCCGAAGAACCCAGACGCCUUAUCGCAACUGGCCGUCUCCCAUUUGGCCCGCAAAGAAUACCCUCAGGCCCGUCGCCUGGCCCAACAGGUGCUCGACGCACAGCCCGAUCACCAGUUGGCCAACUACGUCAUCGCCCGGCUGUAUCUCGUCACCGGUCAGGGCCGCGAGGCAAUCGAAGUCUUGAACGAAAGUCUCGAUGAGAACGCCCCUCAAGAAAACUCCCUGGCCCUGCUGGCCGCACUCAUGGUAAAGGCCAAACAGUACGACGAAGCCGCCCGGCUCUACGAGUUGGGGCGUCAGGCUCAACCCUCCAACCCACGGUGGCUUAAGGGGCUGGCCAGGGUCUACCUCACCACCAACGACGAGCAGAAGCUCGGCGAGUUGCUCAAAGAGUUGGCCCGCACCGACGCCGACGAUGUGCAGAUUCGCGUGAAGCUCGCCCAGAUGGCACUCGACAAGGGCGACAAUCAACAGGCCGGCCAUUGGGCCCGUCAGGCCAUCUACGCCGAUGUGCUCAACGAAGAGGCCCAUCGCAUUCUGGCAGAAGUUGCGCUUCAGGCCGAAGAUUACGACACCGCCAGCGAAGAACUGGUAACGCUGGUCGACCUUCGGCCCGACGACCCCGCUUGGCACGAGCAACUCACCGCCAUGUGUAACGAAGUUCGAGCUAUGAACCAACCGCACGAAUCCCAAAACAACCCACCGCCGACCUCUGGGGCAACCGAUCCAGAGUCAUUGCCCGGCCUUCAGCAAAUGAUUCGUACCAUGUAUAUGCAGAAGGACGUGGCCCGCGGGGUCGACGGAACCUUCAUGUGGCUCAUGGAAGAGGUCGGGGAACUCUCGGCUGCGCUUCGCGACGGAACGCAGACCGAACGAGAAGAGGAAUUCGCCGACGUUCUGGCGUGGUUGGCCACCAUCGCCAACGUGGUUGACGUAGACUUGGGGAAGGCCGUCGCGCGCAAGUAUGGCUCGGGAUGCAUCAUUCCCGGGAGGUCCACUCUUUGGGCCGCGCUGGGCUGCCUGGGGCUCUUCACACUGCUGGUCCUGCUCGCGUUCACAUCGCCAGCCACCGCCCAAGAAAAAGCCUCGCCCAAGCCCCGGAUUGCCAGUAUCCGCAUCGGCUUCGAUGGGCUGUACAAAGUUGGCCAGUGGACCCCCGUCGAAGUCACCCUGCUCGGCGGCAGCGAUACCACCACGGGGCUCGUCACCAUCACCACACCCGAUGGCGACGGCGUGCCCGUCUCGGUGCAAUCUAUCGACGGUCAGCCCACCCAGGUCCUAGCCGGUAAAACGGCGACCGCACAGUUGUACGUACGCCCCGGUUCGAUUGAAACCGAGAUGACGGUUCGCUACAGCUACGAUGGACGCACAAUCACGCGGAAGUUCACCACCGCCAGCAUUGGUGAGCCCAACUCCAUCCCCAGCCCGAUCGAUACCGCGGAAAAAAUCAUCGUCAGCCUCGGGCCUUCGAUCGGCAUCGAUGAAGCCGCCCUGCUUUCCGGUGAAGGGUACGAGGGUAGCACCAGCGCCGAGCUUCGCGUUUACACCUCGCUAGUUCCCGGCAACGCCCGCCACACGGCGCUGCUUCGCUGGGUCGAAAUGGGUGGCAAGGUCAUUCUCUGUGUGGGGGCCAACGCCCCCGAGGUCUUACCAGAAGAUGCUCCGCUUGCCGGCCUGCUCGACGGGCGGUUCGAACGCAUGGAAACUCGGCAGGGCUUCGAAGCCGGCCAGGUUGGCACCAUUCUCGAAUCGUACAGCGAGAAGCGCGAACCUAUCCGCGGGCUCGCACUCGCCGACGAUACCCAGGCCGAACUCAGCAUUCCGCUCAUCGAAGAUUUCGAAGGCGUGGCGAUUCUCGAACAAGGCGAUCUGCCACUGGUCAUCCGCAGCGCCCGCGGGUUUGGCACCGUCACCCUGGUUACGCUCGACCUCGACCUGGCUCCCUUCGCCGGUUGGCAAUCGCGUGGUCAAGUGGUGAACAAGCUGAUGCGAAAGCCGCCCGAAAUCGAUAUUGAAGACGCCACCAACGCCGGCAUGAUGGGUUACACCGGCGAUCUCACUGCCCAGCUACGCAAUGGGCUCGAACAGUUCGAAGGCGUCCGGCUCGUUCCCUUCUGGAUCGUGGCCCUGCUGGUCAUCAUCUACAUCCUACUCAUCGGGCCAGUCGAUUACUUCAUCGUCAAAAAAGUAUUGAAGCGGAUGGAGCUGACUUGGAUCACCUUCCCGCUGAUGGUUCUCAUCGUCAGCGUGGGCGCCUACUUCCUCGCCUUCUGGCUUAAGGGUGAUGAAAUACGAGUGAACCAGGUCGACAUCGUCGACGUCGAACUCCAAACCGGCCUCGUUCGCGGAACCAGUUGGAUGAAUACGUUCAGCCCUCGCGUGCAGUCGCUGAACCUGGGGAUCGAACCCGAGCUUCCCGGCGGGGGCGAUGCAGCUCAGGCCGAACGGCUCAUGGCCUGGAUGGGCAUCCCCGGCACGGGCCUCGGCGGUAUGUCGGCCCAGUUCGGUUCCACUUCGCUCUGGCCACGCGGUUACUCCUUCUCGCCGAGCCUCGAUGAAAUGCUGGGCGUGCCGAUCCAAGUCUGGUCGACCAAAGCCUUCACCGCCCGCUGGAGCGACUCGCAACAGGGCACUAUGGAUGCCACGCUCACUUGGGAGGAAGGCGAUCUGCUCAAGGGAACCAUCACCAGCCAUGUCGAAGGCCCGCUCGAAGACGCGGUGCUCUUCGUCAAGAAUCGCGCCUACGAAAUCGGCGACCUGGAGCCCGACGAGCCUGUGAUGAUUACCGCCGAAAACACCUGGCGGCAGCUCAGUACCCAACUCAAUCGAGACAUUAGCAACACCGACUACGAGUACAACCAAUACUACGGCAUGAUGCACGACUUGGAUGUGCCCGAGACCGUGCUGUGGAUGAUGUUCUACGACGCGGCCACGGUGACCAAUAACACAGGCCUUCCCGAUCCAUCGAACAGCUACCAGGGAUUCAUCGACCUCAGCGAUCUUCUCGAAACCAAUCGAGCCAUAUUGCUCACCCGCACUAACCGCAACGGGGCCGAAUUCACCGAUGGCCAACGCGUGCUCGGGGGGCCGCAAGAUCGAACUCGACACGUGAUCGAAACCCGCGAUCUAACCAAAACCUACGGCGAUCUGUACGCGGUUAAAAGCCUCAACCUGAAGUUGGACAAAGGCGACGUGUUCGGCUUCAUCGGCCCCAACGGUGCCGGCAAAACCACCACCAUGCGGAUCCUGGCCACGCUGCUCAAUCCCACACACGGAGAAGCCUACGUCUGCGGGCACUCCAUUUACACCGAUCCCAAAGAAAUCCGCCGCCUCAUCGGCUACAUGCCCGACUUCUUCGGCGUGUACGACGACAUGAAGGUCAUCGAAUACCUGGAAUUCUUCGCCGCGGCCUACCGCAUCAAAGGCCCGGCCCGUCGCAAAAUCUGCGAUGAAGUGUUGGAAUUGGUCGACCUCACCUACAAACGAGACGCCCUAGUGACGAGCCUCUCCCGCGGGAUGACCCAACGCCUGGGGCUCGCCCGCGUUCUCUUGCACGACCCUCAUGUUCUCUUGCUCGACGAACCCGCCAGCGGCCUCGACCCCCGCGCCCGCAUCGAAAUCCGUGGGCUGCUCAAAGAGCUACGCAACAUGGGCAAGACGAUCAUGAUCUCCAGCCACAUUCUGCCCGAGCUGGCCGACAUCUGUAACAAGAUCGGCAUCAUCGAAAAGGGCGAACUCCUGGUGAACGCCUCGGUGGCCGAAGUGAUGAAACAAGUCCGAGGCCAAGGCACCCUCCGCAUCGCCCUGGCUGGCGACCCAACUUCCGCCGCGCCGCUGCUCGAAUCCCACGAGCUAGUCGACAGCGUCGAAAUCAUCGACGGACAACUCCUCGUCAAGCUCGCCCCCGGAGUCGAAGACUACAGCCCACUCCCCAGUGUCCUCAUCGAAGCCGGCCACAAGAUCACCCUCUUCAAAGAAGACGAACUCAACCUGGAAACCGCCUUCAUGACCCUGACGAAGGGGAUUACGUCUUAG